AUUGUGAAAACACUUCGAAGAAAAAAAACGCAAGUAGAAAAAAGAAGAGAAAAAAAAAAAGAUCAUGAAAAAGAAGAUACCAUGUGCUAGGAACAGUGAAUGUAUGUGACGUGCGUGUUACUUACGUAUCAGACUAGUGGCUUUGGUCCUUCGACCCUCGAGGACGUACCACCAACUGAGGAUAUGAUGAUGAUGAUUCCGAUGAUACGCGUUGCCAUUCUUCUGUUCGUCUUCGUUCAUUUCAAUGCCGCCAUAAAUACCAUCACUAUGGCUAAGGAGGAGUGUAGGAAAAGGAUAGCUGAGUGCACAAUGAAUGACGGUGCAAGUACACCGGUAUGUGGGAGUGACGGUGUUACGUAUUCGAGUCACUGUCGGGUCAUCUCGAAGCAGUGUCAAGGCAUGUCUAUUCUUAUCAAGCAUAUUGGCCCUUGUCCAGAGACACCGGCGUGCUUUUCCGCAAGAUUGACCGCUAGACCAAGUGCACGACCAAUCUGUCGUUCGGAUGGUACUUAUGCACCAGUGCAAUGUCACGAGGAAACCGGGUAUUGUUGGUGCGUGACACCACAGGGCAGACCGCUCCCUGACACUUCAGUAAGAAACGAAAGACCAAGAUGCAUAAAAAAACUCGGUCCCAGAUCUUCUGCGUCCACUAAGAGUGGGCAACGAAGACGUUCGCCGAAUUGGAAACAACGAAGACAAUAUAACAGUAAGCAUAGGAAUACAUGUGAUCGGACAGAAAAAUCCAAGUUUAACGGAAACCUGAUAGAAAACUUCAAAAUCGAAUAUAGGCGAACAAAUAUUUCUACCGAUGGCGAUAAAAAUGUAGAACGAGUACUAUCAUGGAAAUUCAUUACAUUGGAUAAGAAUGGAGAUGGCUAUUUGGAUAGAACGGAAUAUAAAGAAUUGAGAAGGCUGGCGAAAAAGGCAGUAAAACCGAAGAAAUGUGCUCGCACGUUCGCCCGUACGUGUGACCUAAAUCGAGAUUUGAAACUCUCUAGGCAAGAAUGGGGUGCCUGUCUUGCGAACGACUUCACUCUACGUUUGUUCUUGUCGCUGAACCCUGCAGACGAGCGUCCCGAGGUCCCUGAGGCGCAGAGGACCCGGGUCAUGGACCAAGUGUUGAAAGGUAAUCCUCCUCCAAUGCAUUCUCGACCAGCAUUUAAUGAUGAUCCAAUCGAUACGAAAGAAGAUAAUGAUGCAAAUGACUGUUUAACGGAUAGACGAUCUGUAUUAGAAGAUGAGAGGCAACAUUCUCAGGAGAAAUUUUAUGUACCUGCAUGUACACCUGAUGGAAGAUACCACAGAGUGCAAUGUUAUUCAGGUUAUUGUUGGUGUGUAUAUCAAGAUACUGGCAAACCAAUACCUGGAACAUCUUCCAAAAACCAUACUCCAAAUUGUAAUCCAGUACCUACUCCUAGUAGGCCUAUGAAAGGUUGUCCUGAACAAAAAAAACAAUUGUUUUUACGUGAUUUAAUGGACUUGAUGCAUAAAAAGAUGAAAGCUUCUGGCACUGAUUCAGAUGAAACAACAGCUAAAUGGCAAGCUUCUAAAGAGGAACAAAUAGCAACUUGGCAUUUUGUCAUGCUUGAUAAAAAUAAAAAUAAAGUUUUAGAAAGAAAAGAAUGGAAAAGUUUUCGCAUAAUGGUAGCGAAUAAUAGACAACUUCAAAGAUGUGGUAAAAGACUUCCAAGAUAUUGUGAUAUUAAUAAUGAUAGAAAAAUUAGCAUGACGGAAUGGUUCAGUUGUCUGAAUGCUCAACGUACUACAACAUCUGAAAGUACAGAAAAAGUAUCAACGAAUAAACCGAAGAGAAUGGGCCCGAAUCCUCUGGAUCAGUUUCUUAAAAAUGAUGAUGAUUAAAAGUAUAUAUGAUAAAAAUAUAUGUUUGGUAUUUUAUUGAUAUGUAUAGUAAUCGUUCAUCACAUAUGAAUGAAUAUUUCAUAGUGCAAUGAUGAAAUUUUCAAAAAAGCUAGUUGUCAUGUUAAAAGAA